AUGACAGACGGGUUCAUUGGCAAACUUAAGCUGACAUUCAGCUCCAAAGAGAGAAAAAACGAAAAGAUCCUAAGGGCGUCUUACAGAGCAGGUAAGCGCCAGGCCCACGCUGAGCUCGGGUCCAGCACCAAGGACUCGUCGAGCCUGAGUGCUCUGUCGAGCGACAAUGAGCAGCUUUCGCACGCUCAGGGCAAGAACAGCACCGGCACCGCGGCGCCAGGCCAGACUUUUGGCAGCCAGUCUGACCCAGCCGCUGCUAGUGCAGCAGGAGCAGCUUUGGGUACCGGCGGCGGCGCGGCAGCAGGAUACGGUGCGCUGAAGAAGGGCAGAGUGGUUUCGCUGCCUCCCAAGCGCUCGCGCGAGCCUUUGGACAAGGACUGGGGCGGAGACUAUGCCAACGAGAAGAGGCCUGAGGAGGUGACGGGCGCCACCGGCGCCGAUUCCAGCAAGGCCGUUUUGGACAAUUCCCAGCCUAGAUACGACAACGAAGCCAGCCCAAUCCUGGGCAAGGGCAAGUUCUACGACCCCAAGGACACCCAGGGUGGAGUGUACGGCAGUUCAGGCAGCAAUUCUGCUAGUGGCUCCACCUCUGGCCACGGAGGUGCCUAUGCUGGUGCCGCGGGCGCAGGCGCCGCAGGCGCUGGACUCGCAUACGCAGCAGGCCGUGGCGGCAGCGACUCCGGCUCCGGCUCCAACGAGUACACCGAGGCCACCCAACAAGAGGUUUCUUCCCAGGACAAUUUGAAGACCAAGCCCACUGUUUACGCUGAGCAGGAGAAGCAGGAGGAGGAGGCCAACAAGGUUUGUGAGCAGGCGUACGCCAAGGGCCAGAGACAGGCCAAGGAGUUGCACCAGCAGGGCAAGGAGAAGGCUCGUGCUGAGGCUGACGAGGGCAAGAUUGGCUCUGGUGUGGACGAGCAGGAGGAGCACGCGCACAACAAAUCUGCCUACAACCAGGGCGGCGUGAAGCAGGCUUACCGCGAGGUUACCGGUGGAAAGAGCGAUGGUAACAAGAGCGGCAGUAAUGCAGGUUAUGCUGCUGCCGGCGCUGGAGCUGGAGCUGCUGGAGGCUACGCCGCCGGUUCUGCUCUUGGUUCCAAGGGUUCCAAGGAGACCCAGGACGCUCGCUCCAACGCUGUGCACGCUGGCGAGCCACCUUCUGGCGACAAGUUUGACUACGACUCUGAGAUCAAGCGUUUGGACCAGAACAUUGCCACCACGCAAAAGGAGAUUGACGAGAUCCACGGCAGAGGCACUUUGGACCCACGUGCUGGCGCCACCUCCAGCUCUGGCGCUGUUCCAGCUCCCUCUGGCUCCAGUGCUCCAGGUGGCUCCAGUGCCUCCAAGACCAGUUCUGGUUCUGGCAGAGCCCUCGCGGGCGCAGGAACCGGUGCCGCUGUGGGCGCAGGCGCAGGCUACGCUGCGAGGGACAGAUCCAGCGAGUCGUACGACCAGACCAAGGCCACCAACCAGCCUGGCACUUCCUCCUCCACUGGUCCAUCUAGCGCUGGCGCUGCCACUGGCACCUCUCGCGAUGCCACCACCCACCAGUCCAAGACCGAACAGUUCAAGGAGUACUACGAUGCUGGUAUCAAGAAGGGCGCCUACGACGCUGGCCAAGAGGCUGGUCAGGGUAGCCACGGUGCCCAGGGCACCCAGGACGAGUCUUCGGGCCACGGACCUGGUCUUGUGGCUGGCGCGGCUGGCGCCGUUGGCGCGGCUGGAGUGCUUGCUUCCAGGGCCUUUGGCUUAGGCGGCUCGCAGGACGCCUCGCGCGAAUCUGACCCUCAGGCUGACGCUCAGGCCAAGCAGGCUGAGAUCCAGUCCAAGCAGGCUGAUGCCCAAAAGGAGAGCGACAGCCAGCUGGCCCGCUCUGAGAGCUCGAGCUACCUCGACUCGGCCAAGGGCGCCAUUGGCGCUGCCUUCGGUUACGGCCAGGGCCUGAACGACAAGAAGGAUGAGUUUACUCAUGACUCGCAGACUACCGGUUCCAAGGCCGCACACCCUCAAGCGGUUUCCACCGGCGGCGACCCAUCCUUGAAGGAUCCAUCGUUUAGACACCCCGAGACUGCCGCUGCGGCCGGCUCGGUCGACACUAGAUACGACGCUGACCGUGCUGCCAGAGAGGCCAAGAACGCUGCUAGCGACAAGACCAGCCAGUCCUCUGGUGGUUUCCUCAGCAGAUUUGGCUUUGGCGGUGACAACAAGUCUGAGACCUCUGAGCGUGAGGAGCCAACCCAGUCUAGCCAGUCCGGUCAGUCUGGCAGCAACUCCACCCUUGGUGCGAUUGCCGGCGCCGUUACUGGCGGUGCUGUUGGCACUGGCGCUUCUUCUGCUCUUGGCGGCUCUAGCUCUGGUGCUGGCUCUGAAAAGGGCAACCUUGUGGAGACUGCCGCAGCCAACUCGCGCGAGGUGGAUGAGCAGCCCAAGCACAAGGGCAACAAAAACGCGACCGUCGAGGCCGCGGGUGAUGAGACCAACAAGGACAAGGACGAUGUCCAGCAGGUUCCUGGUCUCGAGCCCGAGGACAAGAGAGAGGACCCCGAGAAGGACACCAAGCUGACUGCUUCUUCUCUGGCCAAGUUGGAAGAGGAGGUUGCUGCUCACAACAAGAAGCACGGCAUCAAGAACGACGGCCGUUCUUUGAUUGACAUUGCCGAGCAGGAGGACCCGCUGAUUCUGAAGUUGCACCACGCCAAGGGCUUGCUGGGUGCGCUGGACCUUGGCGACGAGGAGGAGUCCUCUGGCGCGAAGGAUGAUAUACAGCCGGUGCCUGAUGUGGCCUUGCACCCCAAGUCUGACUUCAUCAACCUGGGCGGUAAGGUUGGCCACUUGGGCAACGUUGAUGCUUCUGAGGCUACUCGCAUCGCACGCCCCACUAAUGAAUUGAAGCCAACCGCUAUGGCUGCUAUUGGACCUGAGGAGGCUGCUGCCGAGUCGGCGCACUCUGAGGCUGCCAAACCUGCCCCAUCGCUGGGCAGCUACCAGGAAUCGCCGUACUACGCGCCCGAGCGCGGCGGUAACCACCCUGCGCCUAGGGUGCUGGGCCAGGCAUAUGUGACGCAGGAACAGCGCGAGGCCCGCAAGAGAGAGGUAUUGGGAGGCCAGGGUUCUGAAAAAUCUGCCAACACUGGCGCUGCUGGUGCUACUUCUGCUGCCGCUGGCGGCUCUGCCCACGCCGAUUACUCCAGCCAGGAAUUGCACGAAAAGACCGUCAUUGAGUCUGCCUACGCUGCCGGCGUGAAGAAGUUGGCCGAGGAGAGAGGCCUUGGAGUGGAGCACCAGACGCUCGGUGGUGCAGGUGCUGGCACUUCCGGCUCUGCCAGAAAGGAACCAAUAGUCGAGGUGAUUGGCAUCGAGGACCGUGAAAAGGCAGAGAAGGUGGCACUCAAGGCCACGCGUGAUCUUGAAAAGAAGGGCCAGGACGUGCUGAACAGCAAGAUCGUGGUGGAUGCCAACAAGCCUGGCUGGAGCCCCGGUGCCCUUGGAGUUGCCGCGGCUGGCGGUGCUGUUGGCGCUGGCGCGGGAGCCCUUGGUUCUCGCUCCACCCACCCAGAUGCCGCUUUCGACGAAAAGAACCCUCGCGAUGUGGACCCCCGCUUGUUCCACUCGCAGCACCAGGAGGUGAAGAGAGAGCUCGAGCAAGAUGCCCAGGAGGGCAGACUCGGUGAGGUCAAGCCUACUGGAUCUGCUGGAGGCAGCGGCGUCAACGCAGGGUCUGCUGCAGUGGUUGGCGCGGCUGGCGCCGCUGGAGUCUUCGCUGCGAGCCGCGGCGGCCACUCCCACCAGACCCCAGAUGCUGCCUUCAACGAAGAAAACCCUCGUGACGUGGACCCUAGACAGUUCCACAGCCAGCACGAGCACGUGAAGGAUGAGCUUGAGGAAUAUGCCCAGGAAGGUCGUCUUGGUGCCAUUGAGCCGGAAUCCAGUGCCCUUGGCGCUGGCGCUGGUGCUACGGGCUCUAGAGAUGCUGGUCCCACUGGUGGCUCUAGCGGCUCCAAGCAGACUGCUGGUUCUAGUGGUGCCGCCUUGGGCGCGCCAGAUUCAGCUUUUGCUUCCGGUGCUGCCCUUGGUGCGCCUGCUGCCGCGUUCCAGCAGCCCUCUACCGGAACCGCUAUUUCUUCCCUGGGCUCUCGCGGCGCCACCCAUGGCGCGCCAGACGCUGCAUUUGACGAACCCAACCCUAGGGAAGUGGACCCUACGAAGUUCCACUCCCAGCACGAAAAAGUCAAGGACGAGCUUGAGGAGUACGCCGAGGAGGGAAGACUCGGCGACGUGAAGCCACAGAGCGGUUCCUUUGGCUACGGUACUGCCGCAGCCGCUGGAGUCGCAGGCGCUACUGCGGGAGUGGCAGGCUUGGGCCUCGCUUCGCAGGGCAAGUCCCACGAACAGCCCGAUGCCACUUUCCACCUGCUGAACCCAGGUGACGUGGACCCUAGGAAGUACCACUCGCAACAUGAGGAGGUGAAGCGUGAACUUGAGGAUCAGGCCGAGGAGGGCACUCUUGGCAACGUUUCGGCCACCAACGAUAGAUCCGGUUACCGCGAGCCUUACCCCAGUACCCACUACCAGAACGUCAAGGUGAUUGGCGUGAAGGACAAGGAGAGAGCCGGUGACUUGGCCAGGCAGGCUGUGGCUGCCAUUCAAGGCAGACCGGAGAUUUUAGAAAACACGAAGGAAUUGCGUGUGGAUGCAUCUGGCGCUGUUACUGACGAGCAGGGUGCCUUCUUGCUUCAGUUGGGCCGCGGUCUGAUCUCCGAAGACACCCAAGCCCGCGGCGGCUUGGUAACUCCUCCAGUGGCAGGCUCUCGACAGUCGAAAGCGCUUGCCUCGGAGUGGCCAUCGCAAACUGCCCAACCAUCUUCCAACCUUUCAAACCAACCAAACACAUCGAGCCUCGGCUCGGGCGCCUACGGUUCAGCCGGCUCUGCUGCCGCCGGUCUGGCCUUUGGUUCUCUGAGAACCCCAGGCGCCAACACUGCCUUUGGCACACAGGAGUCUGACCCAUUCGGCUCUGGUGCUUCCCUGAGAGCUGGUACUGCUGGCCACGACGCCUCCACCACCGCUGCCCCUGGUGCUGGCGCUUCUUCGGAAUCUGCUGACGCUGCCCUGAUCAGCAGGCCCUGGUGGCCAUGCCUGGCGCUCUUAACUUUUAGGCGUUCGUUCUGUUUUAUUACUUAA